GCUUCUGUUAGUGCAUAUGUGUGUGCAAACGCGCAAGGCAACUCUGCUUUAGUAAGUUAACUUUAUUUAUUUAUAAGCGCAGUAUAAACGCGACAGCGCACAUUACUUUAUACAUUUAGUACUAUACACAACGUCAAAAUGGCCGAAGUCGAAGCUGUGCAAAUAAUUGCGGAAUCUUUGAAGCAACAGGGCGUGGAAUAUGUGUUCGGCAUUAUUGGAAUACCAGUAAUUGAGCUAUCGAUGGCUUUUCAGGCCGCUGGCUUGAAGUACAUUGGUAUGCGCAAUGAGCAGGCCGCCUGCUAUGCAGCUCAAGCUAUUGGCUAUCUAACGGGGAAGCCUGGCGUCUGUCUGGUUGUGUCUGGACCCGGUUUGCUGCACGUGACGGGUGGCAUGGCUAAUGCUCAAGUCAACUGUUGGCCACUGAUUGUGAUUGGUGGUGCCACGAAUCAGGAUCAUGAGGGUAUUGGCGGCUUCCAGGAGUGUCCACAGGUGGAACUGUCGCGCCCUUACUGCAAAUAUGCAGCACGUCCACCAACUGCUGCACUGAUCCCGCUGCAUGUUGAGAAGGCUGUGCGCUAUACCACCUAUGGACGUCCUGGUGUGGCCUAUCUGGAUUUCCCUGGCAAUAUUCUGCAAUCGAAGGCGAUAGAGUCGAGCAUUUACAAAUCUGUGCCUCACCCCAUUGCUCCAUUAGCCUAUCCGCCCCAUGAUGAUGUUAUUCGGGCUGCUCAGUUGCUGCGCCAGGCGAAGCGUCCGCUUGUGAUUAUUGGCAAGGGCGCAGCAUAUGCUCAUGCAGAGAAUACACUGCGGCAUUUUAUUGAAAACACAAAUCUGCCGUUCCUGCCCACGCCCAUGGGCAAAGGUGUCGUCUCUGAUACGGCUGCUCAGUGCGUUUCCUCGGCACGUACCUUGGCUCUGCAAAAAGCUGACGUCGUGCUGCUGCUGGGAGCUCGCCUCAACUGGAUAUUACAUUUUGGACGCCCGCCACGUUACGAUAAGGAUGUGAAAUUUAUACAGGUGGACAUUUGUCCCGAGGAGCUACAUAAUUCGGUUGUCGCAUCGGUGGCCAUACAGUCGGACAUACGCCCCUUUGCGGAGCAGUUGUUUGAGCAAAUGAACGCCGUAAACUUUCGCUUUGGCUAUGAGCAAGACUGGUGGAAACAGCUGGUGGUCAAAUGCAAACAGAACCGUGAUACAGUGCAGCAGAUGUCAUUGAAUACAGCGACGCCGCUGAACUAUUAUACAGUCUUCCAUCAUCUGCGUGAAUUACUGCCACGUGAUACUAUUAUUGUUAGUGAGGGCGCCAAUACGAUGGACAUUGGUCGUUCCAUGCUGCUCAAUGAGCAGCCGCGUCAUCGUCUCGAUGCCGGCACCUUUGGAACCAUGGGCGUCGGUCCCGGCUUUGCCGUGGCAGCUGCUCUUUACUGCCGUGACUUUGCGCCUGGCAAGCGUGUUCUCUGCGUGGAGGGUGACAGUGCCUUUGGCUUCUCGGGCAUGGAAAUCGAGACAAUGGUGCGCUAUAAGCUGCCCAUUACCAUUGUUAUUGUGAACAACAAUGGCAUCUACGGCGGCUUUGAUAAGGACACCUUCGACGCCAUACGCAGCGAGGGCGAUUUAACGCAAAUCACGCCACCAUCAGCAUUGGGCGUUCAGGUGCGCUACGAGGAGAUGAUGAAAAUGUUCGGCAUGCAGGGCCAUUUCUGCACCGAGAUCAAACAGUUGCAAGCGGCAGUGAAGGCGGCCAAUCAGUUAACGGAUAGGCCCACCAUUAUAAAUGUGGCAAUCAGCCCCUCUUCAGAUCGAAAGCCACAAUCGUUCAAUUGGCUCACAGAGUCCAAACUGUAAAACAACAAACACAGUCGUAUAUAUGUGUUGUGUUUGUGUUUUUAUAAGCAACAACGUUUACAACUUAGUUUAUAAGCACACAGUUUCGCGCAUUCCUAAAAGAUUUUCAAAAUGCAUUUGUCACGAUAUUUUCUUUGUAUAUACACAACAUGGAAAUUUUUAUAAAACCAACGAUAGUAGAAUUUCA